CACUUCCGCUUUAAAGGCGAAGCAGAGUCCUGCACGAGAGAGUCGCUGUUCACAUACCGAGCCGUCAUCAGAUCAGAUCCGCCUUCAGUCCCGACGCCAGGCGGCUGGAUCUGCCGCUCUGUGCGCACCGCUGGAGGAAAACACGCAAUCUGUACUUAUUUUUGGAGGGGUUUUCUUUUAACAUUUUACCGGAACUUUACGCAAGAAAACCACCGGAUUACACCUGCGUGCGUGCUCUGGUGGCUGACUCUAAAACCACUUUGUAUUCUCUCCUAGACCCCACUUGUUGACGGGGCACCGAGGGGGUCUCCCUCAAUUAUUAUUCGUAAUCUGGAUCUAACUCUGUCCGACGGGGGAAGUUUCGAGCAGCGCGGUUUCCUGACAGAUGGCUGCGAUGGGAGGUGAUCGGUAACAGCCCUCGGCAUCGGAUUACACAGUCAGGCUGCUGCCAGGUAAAGCAGCAGGAUGGGAAACCAGAUGGACAGGCUGUCACAUCUAAGUUAUGCAGAAGUUCCGACGGUGGACCCGAACGGCGUGGAUACGGACGACGGUCCGCGGAUCGGAGUGUCUUACAUCUUCUCGGGCGACGACGACGAGCUGGAGGACGGAUGCGCGGUGGAUGGCGGAGAAAAACGCGCAAACGAGGAAGAGAAAAACUAUGAUCAGCGCGACGAGGUGGAGUGCGCUGUCUACAACAGAGAGGAGUGCAUCUACGAGAAGAGCGCGAAGUGCGCAAACCUGGAGGUCUACUCCCCGGAGAACCUGCUCAACAAGUGCAAGGCGGGGGACCUGGUGGAGUUCGUGGCCACGGGUCAGUACCCGCACUGGGCCGUGUAUGUCGGGGACUUCCAGGUGGUGCACCUGCACAGAGCCGAGGUUAAAAACAGCUUUCUGACCGACGCCAGCCAAGGGAGGAGGUGUCGGAUCGUAAACGACUGGUACAAACUAAAACCCCUGUGCGCAGAAGUGGUGGUGCAGAACGCGAUGGAGCAGGUGGGGCUGAAGGACCGGGAGUUGAGCUGGAGGAACUCGGAGAGCUUCGCCGGUUGGUGCAGGUUCGGCAAGAGGGAGUUCAAGAUGGGCGGGGAGAUCCGGAUCGGCAAGCAGCCCUACAGGCUGAAGGUGUUCGUGUCGGACAAACAAUCUCACGUGUUGGAGUUUCAGAGCUUGGAGGACGUGAUCAUGGAGAAGCGGAGGAACGACCAUCUGGGCAGGACAGCCGUGCUGCGGGAGCUGGCGGCGCAUUUCAGAGGCGUGGAGGAGAUGAAACGUGAGAUGGAAGCGGAAUGAUGUCAGUUCCUCAACUGUUACACUGAUCUCCUCAAUCCGUAGCAAUCCUCAUUAAUUUUUCAGGCCUUUGCAAAAAACAUUCACACCCCUGAAGUUUUACACACUGUGUCACAUUGCAGCCAAAAACCUAAAUGCGUAUUGGGGAUUUCUGACCAACUCAAAGGAGCACAUAAUUGUGAAGUAGAAGGAAAAUUGUACAUAGUUUUAAAAUUUUAAACCAAACAUAUCAGAAAUUAAAGACUUAUUUAUUUAGCCGCAUUAGGUCUCCUAUACAUAGGAUUCAAAAAUUACUCCAGAAAUUAAGUUUUUGACAUGGAUGUCUACUCCCCGGAGAACCUGCUCAACAGAGGUAUGUCGGGUUAGAGCGAAUCUAACCGAACAUACCUCUGAACACCUAUACCCACUGUCAAACAUGGUAGUGGCAGCUUCAUGCUGUGGGCCUGUUUAGAUUUAGCAGGGAGAAGGAUUUGGUCAUGGUUAAUGAGGAGCUGAAUGCAGGACAUUCAAAGCAUGUUUUAGAAUGGCCCAGUCAAAGUCAAGACCUAAAGCUAACUAGAAUUAUGUGGCAAGACUUGAAAGUUGAUGCUCUUAGAUCUACUCCAUCGAAUACGACUGAGGUUGAGCUAUUUGGCUAAAAUAAGAACAGUUAGCAAAGCCUUUAUUCAUUGGGUUGAAUCACUUUCUGAAGAAAAAAAAUGGGAAUACUACCAUUCACUUUCCACUUCACAGUCAUGGACUUCUUUGUGUUGGUCUGUUUUAAAAUAAUAACCAAGCAAAUUGAAGUCAGUGGUUGUAAAGUCUCUAUAUUUCAAAACAUUUAAGGGGUAUACAUUUGUUUGCGAGGCCCUGUAAGAAUAACUUCAGCAUUUAAUUGACACAUGGACAUAUUUUUGGUCCGUGUUUUUUAAAAGUUUAUAAUUUAACUGCCUUAAAGCCUCAAUCAUCAUUUCACAACUCAACUUUGACAAAUGAAAAUGACUGAAUCAGCUGUUUAUUUUUGCUACAAAAUGCUCUCCGCUCAUAGAAUGUAGUUUUAUAAACGCAAAUUCAUCCCAAAGUGUCUGGAAGCAGGAUGAACACAUUCCUUCUAUUUAUAGAUUGUCCCAUUACUUGAUCCAGUUGAGAUUUAAUUUCGUGUCUCAGCUCUCUCAGACUGCUGUGGAUUUUAUUUUUCAGCCUUUUUGGGUGGGUCCAACCCAGCGGCACAUGUGGAGGAAAUGUUGUGGAGCAUUGUCUGUUAAACUGAUCAAAGUCUGUGUUAACUGUUCCCAAAGUUUGAGUAAAUCAUGAGUGACUGUCCCACCUGGAAGCGAUUGUUAUUGUUUCUGCUGUUAAAGUUGAUCAAUACGAAGAUAAAAUCAUUUAAUGCAGUCUUUAUGCUUGGCGACCAUAUUGGAUUUAGCGAUAGAUUAAUUGCUUGGAUGUGUAGCGAACAAAUCUGAAGCAACUCUGUGAUGCUUUUAUGGCUAAUAUGAACCAAAAUUUAUCUGGUACCAUGAAAGUAGUUCUGAAGAGUACUAACGUCGACCCAAUAAAGAGGCCAGUGAUGAUAUAUUUUAAUUUAGGAUAUUCAGCACAAACUGUAAUAAUUAUUUGUCUAAAUCUUGUGACACAGGAAAAAUUAACAAAUUUUAGGAGUGCACUGAUUGCAGUUUUCUGGCCGAUCACAGAUUGCCGAUCUUUAAAAAACCUGAUCUGCCUAUUCCGAUUUUGGCCAAUACCAAUUUUGUUUGUGUGAAAUAUCGCUAAAUAUGGCAAGAAAGUCUCUGAGUUAGCAAAAUUAGGGUGACUAUUGUUAACUGCUAACAUGCAGGCAUGACCAGGUGGGCCGGUCUGUCAGUCAAACCUCUCUAAAGGCAGAACAGAAGACGACAGAGGUUGAUUUUUAUACCUUGGCAGAGGUAGAUAAGAUCGGCUUUGCAUUCAAGUGUCGGCCGAUCACCGAUCUCUCAAAAUUAAGGAAAUCAGCAUCGAUAAAUUGGCAGUCUGAUAAAUCGGUACAGCCCUAAUCAUCAAUAAUCCCACAAUAUCUAAAGCAACUUGUUUUUGGAAGUUCAAAGCUGAUGCUUUUCUAACUUCCUCUAGCAGCUCUAGCUGUGCUGCAAUUGUAAAGCUAGUUCAGUCAUAAAAAUGGAACAACAACUGGACAUACUGUUUUAUUCCUGUCUUGCUCUGUAUUAAUGCUUUCUUAACUGGAAAUGCUGUAAGAGCUUCUUCAGAUGAAAAAAAAAGCAACCCAUCAUUUCACAAUGAUGCUAAUGAAUUGGCUGGUAAACAUAAAGCAAUAUUAGUUAAAAUUAUUAAGUAUCUCCACAAGAGUGUGAUAAAUAAAUAUCAAGUCAGAAGGUUAUGGUUAGCAAGUUGGCAGUGCUGAAAAUUUAGAUUUUAAUAUCUAAUUAUCGCUGCUUGAAAACUGAGAAAAGUCCUGAAUUAAUUUUUCUUAAGGGGUAAAAAAGGAGUUGUUAAAAUGAAUAAUUCAUCACUUGAACUUCAUAGACCCUUCGUGGAAGUAAGAUGUGGCUAUGCUUUAAUUUUCAUUUCUGUAUUUUUGGCCAACUUUCACCAUGGUAUAAACUCUUGGAAUAAUAACAGCUCAGGCUGCAGAAAUAUACAAUACUUACAGUAUUUAAUCAUCUUUGCACAAGAAUGGUGCUGCAGUUUAUAAAGAUUUCAACAGCCAACAGCUGGUGAGGGAGCACAUGUGCAUUUAGAUUAGUGAUGAAUAAAAGUGAAGCAAUACCCAGAACUGCUGCUUGAGGCCCUGCUCUCAGAGUUCAAAUGUGGGCCAAAAUAGUUGAUUUUAACAAAACAAUAAAUUGAAAAAUGACAGUUUCUUGACAAAACAAUAAAAAGUGGGAAAAUCAA